ACCCUAACCCCCCUUCUCUUUUACCCCAACAAAUAAUUUUUUUUUGAAGAGUCGCUUUCGCGCGCCGAUCAAUGCAAGGGAAUCGCGACGGCUCGUGGCCCCUACGCGCCACCGCGAACGGUGGAAGCGGCGGGUACCAUCCUCAACCCACUCGUAUGUACUCCAAUUUCAAUAUCCAACAGCCGAUCAGAUACAAUCUCCAAACCCAGCAGAAUCUCAACUUCGCUCAUCCACCACAGAUCCCAAGCUUCCGUCCUCAAAUCCAUGGAUCAAGUGGCAAUGUAGAAGCCAUACGAAUCGAUAACGCAGUCAAGGAGACGCGUAGAUCGCUCGUCGCUGCCGGAGAGAACGUUUCGUCGAUCAAAGUGUCGCAGUCUGUUUUAGCACAACUACAACAGCAGCCUGAUUCUCAGCGAUCAUUGGGGAUGCAGAUGCAAGACGUUCCUUCGCUUCGCCAGCUCAUGACCCUUGAAGGCAAGAUAUAUGCGUUUAUUCACUGCUUCGUUGGCGCUAGAGGGAUUGUGACUCUGCAUGAUUUGGAAGUUGCAAUAUGCAGAAACGAGUUUGUUGAUUGUUUUGAUGAUUUAAAGUUGGGACCUUUGCUAAGGCAUCCACUUGUCUUGUUGUAUUUUCCGUCUAUAUCUGGUUGUUCUGGUCCGGUUCAGAUCACUAGCGAGGAGAUAAUAUCGUUUCUUGAUAGCUAUCUGAGCACUUACGGUAUGGACGAUGUUAAGCUCGAUGACUUCCUUGAUUAUGUUGCUGAGAAGAAGUCUGUUAUAGGCAAGGAGAAGCUUGGUGUGCGUAUUCAGAGCUUGCGGAUGUAUGUAUCUUUCAUCCAAGAUGCAAAGAGACAAGAAGGCGAAACAUUGGAGACCUUGCUGACUGGACUGCAUCAGAAGCAUCACAUCGUUUCAUCAAAGAAACAGCUGCGAGAUAAAUCCCCUACCGUCUCUGAGGAUAGUGACGUAGCUGCUUUGCAUCGUAAGGAUUAUUGUGGCAAGCAUACAAGAUAUGAUUCAUCGAGCUCAGAUGACGAUGAUAGUGAUGAUUAUGAGGUUAAAUAUGUUAAUAGCUCUGACCAUGUCAGUAGUUGUCCAUAUCCAUCUGUUGCAGAAGAGGUGAAGAAACUUGGGAGGUCUAAAACGAAAAUGAAAGCAGAAACUAAGAAAAGGAAGGCAGAAACUCGUAGUCAUGAAAAAUCUGAUUUGUCCAAACAGCUUAGAAGAAGCCCUUCUAAAUUACGUAGAGGACAUGUGAAACAAGAGAUACCUGGACCGGCGGAUGAUUCUGAUACUAAGCAGGUUUUCAGUGUCAACGAGGCUGAUUUCACACUUUCUGAAGGAGCUUUGAGAUUGUUCAUUUCGACUUGGAAGGACGCAUGUAAAGAGCUAAGCAUGUCAAUGUUUGUCGAGGAGAUUUUGUCUUUUUACAACUUGAGAGGCUCCGAAGCACAACCUAAGACUAAGAGUAAAAGAGCCAAAGCUAUGUCAUCAUUUCCAUUUGUUGGAUUACUACAUAUCGCUAGGGAGCUUGUAACAGAGGCUCUUGAGGGACAGAAACCGAUGGAGAUCACAAAUAGAAACUUGGUAGCUGGAUACGAUAAUAGUGCAGGCACAAGUUCACGAGCUACGAAGCCACCAAUCCCAUUGCAUAACAUGAUGAGUAGCUCAACCUCAGGGAAUCUUGCUCAUGAAUGGAACAACUCCAUCUCAACUGACUUGAGCACGAGAGAUCAGUUUCACACCGGCACAGAUCGGGCUACACUUUUGCAAUACACUGGUAAAAAAGGUGAAGAGAUCGCUUUCAGAUACUAUGCUGCAAAAUACGGCAAGGACGCUGUGGUUAGUUGGAUAAACGAGCAGAGCGAGACCGGGUUACCUUACGACCUAGUAAUCAAAAACAGAGGUGGGAAGAAAGAGUACAUAGAGGUGAAAGCAACGGUUUCAGCAGCUAAAGAUUCUUUCAACUUGACUGUGAAGGAGUGGCAAUUUGCAAAUGAGAAAGGAGAGAGUUACGUGAUUGCUCAUGUUUUAUUAGGCAACAGUAAUGCCAUCCUCACACAGCAUAGGAAUCUUGUCAAGCUAUGCCAAGAAGGUCAUCUCAGGUUAAUGAUUAUCAUGCCCAAUCAGCGAAACGGCGCCAAAAUUGAAUUCUAAAACAAGAUUAUUGGUAAGUUAGCAGUGUCAUGAACUUAAUUAAGAUGUAAAGACAGCCAGCAUAUUAAAAACGUGAAGGAUGGUUUAGCCAAAGAAAUCAGAAGAGGAUUGUUUUGUUUGUU